UUACCUAGGACCAGGGGACGGAGACGCUGUCUACAAGUUCUGACAUGGGGACGGCUUUCGUUACACCACAGAAUCCGUUUCUCACGUCAGGGUCGGGUAGACCUGUGCCUGAAUGAGAUGCUGCUCCAGGUCUGCUGAAGCCGGCGCCCUCCUCGCUUCGUCACUUCCCCACCCUCGGAUCUGCCCCUCCUCUCCAUCCUACACCGCUAGGCAGUGCAUCCAGGAUGUUCCCCAGGGACAGAGCACGUGACGUGGACCGCGGCUGGGCCUGGCUUGUUAUGCCAGCGGCAAUCCUCGCUCAAAUCAUCAUUGCCGUGUUGUUGUAUAGCUUAGGCGUCAUACAGAUCGUCCUGCUAGACACGUUCGAUGAGGGACUGGUGAAAACAUCCUGGGUACUCAGUAUCACUUCCUGUCUCCUCAGUCUACCAGGUCCGUUCAUUGGAUUCUUGACAAACAUGACCAGCUGUAGAACGACCAUGAUGCUCGGCAGCCUCCUCAUCUUCAUGGGCUGUACAUCCAGUGCAUUUGUCACAAGACUGGACCACCUGUACGUCACUCUCUCCCUAAUGACAGGCAUGGGUGCGAGCAUGGUAUAUACACCUUGCCUGGUGGUUAUAGGGUUUUACUUCGACAAGUAUCUGAGCGUGUCCAUUGCUUUAGUUGUCACGGGUGGAGGAAUUGGUAUGGUAGCUGGGGCUCCACUAAUUGGAUUCUUCGAGAAUGUUUUCGGCUGGCGUGGGAUGUUUAUGAUGUUGGCUGGGAUUAGCGCCAAUCUGAUUCUCUCCGCCAUGAUCUGCCGACCGAAUAGCGUGGAGAGGUCCCAUUGGGGAAAUCGUGCUGAUGAUUCCGACCCUUCAGGAGCCCUCAAGGAGAAACCAUCUCUGGAUGACCCUCCUUCUGCGCCGGGGUCUCGCUGGAAGAAAACGAUCAAAACUUCUCUGAAAGUCGUUCUUAGCGUGCCUAUGCUUUUGUUUUGUAGCAGUAUUUUUCUGUGGAGUAUAACCAUAUCAUUGGUGAACCUGUAUUUACCCAGCUACGUGGUGUUCAACGGAGCCACCAUGACACAGUCUGCCCUUCUCUUCACCGUCAUGGGCGUCUGUAACAUUGUCUCGCGACUUCUCGCGGGAUUUACCGUGGCCUUCGUGGACAAGUUUGUUUUAUACUCUGCUUCCUUUGCCGUAAUGGCCGUGUUGGUGACAGGGUUUCCCUUCAUUCCUCCCACUUUCACAAUGUCCAUGGCAUUUGCGGGUUUAAUGGGACUGUGCACUGGAGGACCUUACGUAGUGUUGACGUCAAUGACGAAAGAGUUGGCCGGACUGGCGCACCUUGCCACAGCCUUUGGCAUCGAAAUGAUGGUAUCGGGAACUGGCUCCUUGAUAGGACCUCCUGUGGCAGCUCUCUUGGCUGAGUCCUCUGGGUCUUACCUGUGCAGCUUUUUGUUUGCAGGUAUCUCCUGUGCAUGUAGCGCAGUCUUGGGUUUCGUUCUCAUCAAGUUCAAGCACCCCAGGGACGUCGCGGAGCUAGACAUUAACAACCCGGAGUGUGUAAGCCCUCCCCAUUCGCGGCCCAGCAGUGUGCUAUACGCGAGCCAGUUGUCUAUACCAGGAGUUCCGUCCCCUUACCUCGAAAUCAGAUCCAGAACUGUCCAACUGCAAGUUCCCAGCGCUGAUUAAAUACGGAGCACAGCGUGUAGCGGAUGUAUUUCCUUCCGCAGCAUUUAUUUAUUUGAUUGGUGUUUUACGCCGUACUCAAGAAUAUUUCAAUUAUAUGACGGCGACCAGCACGAUAGUAGGAGGAAACCGGGCAGAGUCCGGUGGAAACCCACGACCAUCCGCAGUUUGUUUCCAGACCUUGCCACAUACCCUUCCGCAGUAAACAUAUUUCAUACAGUUUAGUUUUUAUUCUGAAUGUUCCUCAUUUCUGUUUUUUUUGCGCUUUGCGAUAUAACAAAAACGUUUGCAAUGUUUCUCGUCUCUAACAGUUCAUGUCACAAGCGUAUACGUCAUCAUCGAAUACAUUCUAUCAGUAGCCUAUCAACGACAUAGGUGUUUUCGUUUUCACAUCGAAUCGAACGUUUAUUUUGUAUGCAUUUUAUCUGUUUUGAGAAGUGUACAUUCCGCGUUAAAACACUGACAUUACAACGUUACAACGCAAGGGCAAGGCUCCGCUGAUGGCUCCCGACGUUUCAGCGGUGCCAUACGGACCUCUACGCCCCUGCGCGUUCAUACCCGGCUCUCACACAGGAGGAGAAAACAUUCAAGGUCGUGACCAAUUUAAAUAUUCAAACCACAGACCUGGAAUGUACCCAAGCUUUUUACUUCGUGCCACCGAGUUUGUCCGCCAUAACGCAUAAUAAGUCAAAUCUUAGUGUAUAAUAUGAGUGUAUAAUGACAAAGAUUUGUAAUCCACAGGUUUUUAUAUUUUGGUAAAUGUGAUAUCAAGUCUACAUACAUCAAUCUUAAUCAGUUUAACAGUUCCACAAUGACAAAUGUUAAACAACUAAACUUGCGAAUGCUGUGAUGCGCACUGUUAGCCUUAAAAGUUUCAAGUGAUGCAUAACAAAGACCCAAGCCUAGCCAAAGUCCAAACACUGUUGAUUUGUAACAGUGAAAAGUUUUACAGCUUCUGUUUGCUGUAAUUUUUUAACCAUGAAACUUACGGCACCUACUUGUUGUAAUUUUGUAACUAUCUGUUUGAUUUUGUGGCUUGGUUUUUAUGGAUUACAUUAUAUAUACAACUGAAAACUCGAUUUUUAUCUAAUCAGAAAGCCACAAGACAAGUGCUGCAGGGAGUCAUAUGGGCGUAGAACUGUAGGAAUAGGAUUGCCGUGGAAAAGUGAAAUAUUCUUCAGUACCGCGUAAACAUUCUUCAGUCAACCAAUCAGUUAAUAAUUCAUUCCCAGUAUAUAAAGUGACUUACUGCUGUAAUGAUAGUUGGAGGUGAUUGUGUGUCAGGAGAAUUAUUUAGACCUAUACACCAGAUUAAACCAGAUCUUGCUCGUUGGUGUUAACUUAAUUGUGUCUAGAGAAAAGAAGAAAAAUUGUAUUGCAAACGUAGUGGCGUUUUUUGUGUUGGUUAAUGUCAUGAUGGCAUUCUGACAUGUACAAAAACCUGCCUCCGUUUGUAGACCUGGUGCCACUUUCACAAAACUUCAUUAAUCAGAUUUACCGUGACAUCUUUUCGUACAUAGCGUUGUCAAGGUUAUAAUACAAUAAAGCUACGUGGUUCACGGGUGAAAUUUAGGAAAAAAUUGACUUACGAAGUUAGGGGAAAGAGUCGCCUUGUCUGAGAAGGAGGCGUCUAGUCUAAGAAAGAGGCGCCUAGUCUUAGAAAGAGGCGCCUCGUGGAAUAGAAUUCAUAUUCUACCUCCGUGAUCUGAGAAACACGCGCUAAUGGGAAGAAAACAUGGGAACACUCAGAACAAACAAUUGCCAAGAUGCCUCUUAUUUAAGCGGGAAGACAAAAAUCGCUCUUAUGCAAAUAAACUGUUCAUCGUAAUUGGUUCCGUAGACUUUUCAUUUUCUAUACUACUAGUCGUUCAAUGGUCUUAAACCAUCCAAGGAACAAAGGGUGAAA